AUGGGUAAAAGAUUUAGUGAAUCUGCUGCUAAAAAGGCUGCUGGUCUGGCUAGAAAAGCUGACCAGGCCAGAGCUAAAGUGAGAGCUGAAAAAGAAAAAGAAGCUGCUGCUGAAGCUGCCAAAUGGGAAGAAGGUUCUCGUAAGCCAAACAAGAAAAAAAUAGAAGAACAAAAUAAAUUAACUGAAAAAUUGGCUAAGAAACAAGAAAGAGAUCGUUUGCUGGCCGAAGAGGAAGCACAAUUAGGUAAAGGUGGCAAAGGUAAAAGGAAAUAA